AUGUCUCUGGCUUGGAACCGUUUUUGUUUUCCAGGGACGGAGACAAACGCAGAACCCGACAUAAGACUUCCGAUGAGGCUCUUGAAAAUAGACCACUUUCCUAACCGGAGGCUGAACGUUUAUUCGAAGCCUGAUACAAUUGCUUUUGUGAAGCACAUCCUGAGGAAUAAUCCGGGUGAGUUUGAGAGGAUUAGGAGCUCUCGUUUUGGAAAACUGUGGGAUUUUCCCGCCGUUAGGUGCCCUGAUUCCUGCAAGCUCAUCCAGUAUUUGGUGGACAGCCUUUGCGUUUUUCCUUGUCCGAAUUUACAAGCGUCACAGGUCUUCAUUGCGGUGAGUUCCCCGAAGGAUACGACCCGGAAUGGCAACCACCAACGCGAAAGGGUCCCGAUAAGUGGUGGCGGGAAAUAA